AUUUUUUAAUUGUUUUUUAAUUUUACUGUUCACCCGAGCUCGUUUGGGCCGAGAAACUCCACUUCCCGGGAACUUUUUUUGUUUUUGAGGAUCACUUCCCAGGGACUGAGCAGUCUUAUCCCAUCAAUGGGCCUGACAGAAACUCGUAGGCUUUUAAGACCAGGGGCAUUUUCUAUAGUUUCCUCUCGGGCUUGACAGGACACCGGCCCAGGCUUCCGCCACUCCGUCCAACCCCCGUCUCUUCCUCCUCCUUUCUCCUUCUCCAGCAAGCUUCGUUCUUCUCGGCGACGGAGAGGAGAAAACCAGUUACAUCUACGACCUCGGUUCCGGAGGUAAACCCAGGUCUUCCUUCUCCAUCCUCCAACUCCAAGGGGAAAAGAGCAGAGUAGCCUCCUUUUUCUUUACCACUCGCAUUACUAGUUUCCGUCUCGAUUCUUGUGUUGUCGCAAUCGAUUUUCUCCGGGAUGUUCACACGAACGAUUCUUCCCCGACGACCCUGAAUAAUCUGUCUUGGCCUCAGUUAAUGAAUAGCUGCGAGGUUCUACUGCGCUGUUGAGUUUGCGAUCUGACUUGGCCUCAGUUCAUGAAUAAUCUCGGCAUUUAUUCGGAUUUGCUUUUGUUUUCCAUCACAACUCGUAGUCAAGUCGAUUUGUACUCCCAAGUGUUUGCGUCCUGUGGACGGGUAGAAGAUAUGUAAAUCGUACCAGCUGUUCGGCCUCGUCCUCGCCUGCUACUACAGGCCGACCCCCAAGAAGGAGAAGAGCUCUCGCGAAAAUCGCGAGUUGCAGAGAUGAGAACCAUGAAAAGCAAGAUCCCGAAUAAGAAAACAGCCAGAUUUCGAUUCGGAUGCAAACUUAGCACAAUGCCCGCUUCAAGCCAUCCAGGCCAAAAUGGGUUCAGCUGAGGAUGAGUUCACCCCACUGUCUCAGUUAAAGUAUGGAAUGGACAAGUGUAAAGUGCGGGUGCGCAUCUCGCGGCUGUGGGAGUCCUUCAAUCCAAAAAAUGACACUUUGUUCGGCCUUGACUGCCUUCUGAUCGACGAUCAGGGUAAAACUAUGCAGGCGCGUGUAGAACCCGGCGAUAUAGAGCGGUUUGAACAUAGGCUAGUUGAACAUAGUCUUGUCAGAUUUUCAUGUUGAUGUGCAGAGGUGUCAUGUAGCAAUGAGUGGACUAUGUACAUUAGAAGGCAGACCGUGGUCACUGAGAUAGAAGGAGAUAUUGAUUCGAUUCCCCUCUACAGCUUUGAGUUUGUUAAUUUUAAGGAUCUCCGUUCUAGGUGUGGCGACAACAGCUUAUUGACAGAUGUUCUGGGACACGUAGUAGGUGUCGGGGAGCUACAGGAGGUCACAAAAAGAUCCCGCGUUAUAGAAAUUUGCAAUGCAAGCAUUCGGGACUUGAGAGGAAAGGUACUGGGUGUCACACUGUAUGGUGAUAUUGCUUCUGGUUUUGCUGAGGAUAUGGCCGAGAAAGGCAAAGACGCCUCAGUUGUUGCUGUCUUUGCAGGGAUAUCUGUUGAUUCCUCAUCAUCGGUUUGCUCUACAACGUCUUCAGAGUACUAUCUGGAUUUGGAAAUACCAGCGGUGCAAGAAUUCCAUGCGAAUUUGCGCAUUCAGCAAGCAAACCCUGUUCCGAAGAAAACACCAGCUCAGAAGUUAGAGAGUUGGCGAACAAUCAAACAGCUAAAGAGCCUUGAUCCGGAAGAGUAUGACGAGGAUACCACGUUUUUGUGCAGAGUCUCCCUGAUAGACAUAGAUUGCAGCAAUGGCUGGUGCUACCUUGGAUGCGACACCUGCCAGAAGUCCAUGUACGGGGCCCCAAGGAAAUACAAGUGCGCCCGAUGUGGUCCGAUCAAGAGGCCAGUUCAGUGGUACAAGCUGAAGGCGAAGGUGGAAGAUGCCACCGGCACAAUGGACCUGAUUAUCUUCUGCGAGGUGGCGGAGGAGCUGGUCGGUGUCUCUGCAAAGGAGCUCGUCGAUAACAUCGAGGAAGACGACGAGUGGUACGCCCUGCCAGAGGAAAUUGAGGAUCUUAUUGGCUCGACACACACCUUCCAGGUUUUCGACAAGUACGUGAACGGGAGCUUCGCGGUGAGGUCGAUCAUGGACGAUGCUAGCGUCCCACCCCCUGCUGGAGCCGCUAGUGAUUGCAAGGAGAAGGCUGACCCUGAGGGGAGCCAGAAGCCUAGCAAGCGCCUGCGAGGGGACGACGACUCGAUCAACUAGGGAAUGGGGGAGCAUUCUGGGACUAAUAAUAGUGUAUCUAGGGUAAUGCCUAGGAUCAGGCAAUGUAUCUUUCUGUUCUCCUUAAUCUACCUGGGAACUCCUGCAUCUACCGCUGUGGCUCCAUCUAGUGAUGGUGAUGGGUUACAGUCUAACAGAUCAGAACCCGUUUAAUCCUUUUGAACAUUGUUUCCCUCUAUAUCAUGGUUGAUGGAAAAUGGGCUUUAGACCAUUUUGGUAA